AUGGCAACACCACUCUUUCUAGCAGUUUUCACUAUCGUGAUCGUGAUCAUAAGACCCGAUCAUGCUUCAGCCACGCCUCCUUCACUCGUUACCUUCAUCUUUGGUGAUUCAUUAACAGAAGUUGGUAACAAUAACUACUUGCAAUACUCCCUUGCUAGAUCAGAUUUUCCUUAUUAUGGUAUCGACUACACCAACAAACAACCAACUGGCCGGUUUAGCAAUGGCCGAACCAUAGGUGAUAUCAUAUCUGAGAAGCUCGGAAUUCCACCUCCGCCACCAUAUCUUUCAUUAAGUCCAGAUGAUGAUGCGGUCCUAAAAGGAGUAAACUAUGCAUCUGGUGGUGCUGGGAUUCUGAAUGACACCGGGCUUUAUUUCAUUCAAAGAAUGUCGUUCGACGAUCAAAUAGACUAUUUUGAGGAAACAACAAAGGUGAUCAAGGCAAAACUAGGAGAACCAGCUGCUAAUACUCUUAUAAAUGAGGCUAUUUACUUCAUUGGAAUGGGUAGUAACGACUAUAUCAACAAUUUCUUACAGCCAUUUCUUCCUGAUGCUCAAGAGUACACUCCCGAGGAGUUUCUAGGCGUGUUAAACUUGAAAUUAGCAGAACAGUUGACGAGGCUUUACUUGCUCGGUGCACGAAAGAUGGUUUUUCAUGGACUUGGGCCUCUUGGAUGCAUUCCUUCACAACGUGCGAAAUCAAACAAUCAUCAAUGUUUACAUCAAGUAAACAAUUGGGUGCUUCAAUUCAACUCGAAAGUACAAAAGUUGAUCAAAGUUCUCAAUGUCAAGCUAAAAAACGCACAACUUACUUUUGCGGAUACAUACCCAGAUGUUCUAGACUUGGUUGAAAAUCCAUCUAAAUAUGGUUUCAAGGUAUCUAAUACAUCGUGUUGUCAAGUUGAUACGACCGUUGGAGGACUCUGUUUAUCAAAUGCACAUGUUUGUGACAAUCGUACUGAAUAUGUAUUCUGGGAUGCGUUUCAUCCAUCUGAUGCUGCAAAUGCGGUUUUGGCUGAUCGUUUUUUUUCAAAACUGUUUGCUACUUCUAAUGGUUCAGCAACUUCACCAAGAUUAGUAUAA